AUGGGUCAACAACACACAACUCUUUCCAGUAAUAGAAUCAUUCUUGAUGAUUUAAAUUUGGAGAAGAUCAUUCCGAUCGAAAUUGAUUAUGAAGAGUUGGAAUUAAUGGAUCAAGAGAGUGAAUAUUUAGAUAGAAAUGAUCCUAAUGUAUUUAAUGAAAAUAAUCAAUCAUUGAUGGAGAGAAUGCUACCGUAUGAAUUGGUCAUUAAUGUGAUGAGAUAUUUGCCAAAUUCAGAUAUUAUCAAAUUGAUGAGAGUGAGUAAGAAUUUUGCUAAAUACUGGAUAUUUCAACCACUCUUGUGGAAGGAUCAGUUAGAAAAUAGAGGGAAACAACCAAAUUGCCUACUGAAACCAAUGAGAUUGAAUGUACAUAGUGCCCUAGUUCAUUUUCAUGACAAUCUUGUUCCUAGAAUCAGAGGAGCCAUUAAAAGUGGACAGUUGGUAGUGGGAGAACAAAAACAACCUAAAAUUGGAAUUGCUGGAUACGGAUCUUGUGGAAAGUCAACUUGGAUAAAAAGAUUCAGUAAUCAAAUUAACUAUCUGACCACUAGAUUUGAUUACUCGGAACAUUAUAACCUUGAAUUAAUUAAGAUUCCUGGCAUAAAUCGAUUUGUGCCAUAUAACGUAGGACAAAUGCAACAGUGUAACAUUUUGUUCUAUUGUUUUGAUGUUUCCUCAAUUGAAUCAUUUAACAUUUGUAAACAAAUGAUAAGUUAUUUUGAAAAGGUGAAAGCAGAAAAGAAUUUAUACGAAUAUCUAUUGGAUAAGAAUCGAUUUCUUGGAUUGGUAGGUAUGAAGAGUGACAAGGAAAAAAAGGUGACCAACAGUAUGAUAACUCAAUAUUUGGAAGAAAUAAUACCAGAAUUCUACUUGUACGGAGGAAUAGAUUUGAUUGAUUGCAGAGUUCAAUAUUUCGAGCUCAGUAGCAAGUUUGAUUCUAUUGAAAAAUUGGAAUUCCCUUUCCUAUAUUCAUUAUUUGUGUUGAGGAAGGUAUUGCCCACACAGGAGACAAGAAGUAGAUAUUGGUAAUUUUCAUUACUCUGUUCUUUUAAAUUUUUAAAUAAUAAGAUAGAAUGACUAUUUAUUAUGCAGAUUGGGUCAUAUUACUCAUUUCUUCUAUCAUCACUUUUUGAUUCAUCCUGUUUUGAAUAUGUGUGUUGGCAACAUAACUCAAUUGUUGAUAGGCACUCUCUAAAAGAUGACUCUCUACAAGAGUUUCCAGUUUUAGAGGUAGAUCUCUGUCAAAUUGUUCUUCAAUCACACUAGUUGUUGGUAUAAUUGUUGUUGGCAGAGAAACAGGUAUAAUAGGAGGAUAAUAAUGUAUGUAAUUGUGAUUAAAAGGAUAAUAACUCCUUGUAUUCCAAUCAAGUUUUUCUUGCACCGCACGUUUUCUGAAAUCAGAAUAAAAAACUCGAUAAAUUUCAUCAU